AUGACUGGAGUGCGCUGUGGUCGCGCUAUGAAGAAGGUGCACCAGGAGCUGGGCUGGCUGAUGCGCUUGCGGAGGAGGUCGGCGGCGCACCAGGCUCUCUGGCGCACCUGCGUUUCUGAUCAAAGAGGCGCCGGAGGUGGUGGUCGGCGCUCCAAGAAACAAGGGGAGGGAGAGGGGGGAAGGGGCAGUGGAGGAGGGGGUGGUAGGGCAGAGGAGGUGGCGGGGCAGCGGGGGAAGAGGUUGCGUGCAGAAGGGAGGGGAAGGCGGGUAGCAGGGGAAGGGGUUGUGCAGAGGGGAGGGGGAAGAGGGGGAGGGGGUGGCGGAGCAGUGAGGGAAGGGGCAGCGCUUACUUUAAUUGCAUCAAAAAUGGCUGAUUCCCAAAUUUUAACUCAAAAGCAAAACCAGUACAUGGCAAAACUAGCCCAUGAAUCCGAGCGUUACAAUGACAUGAUGAAUUACAUGAAAAAUCUUGCAUGUACAGAGGUUUCUCCAUCUUCCGAUUUAACCCUGGAGGAGCGAAGGCUACUUUUCUUGGCUUGCACGAAGGUGAUUGGCUCCCUUCGUUCUGCAUGGCGGUCUGUGGCUUCCGUGGAAGAGAAGGAACUGGUUGAACAGUAUCGAGUCAGCAUUGAAGCCGAAAUUUCGAAGUUUUGUGAUGGGAUUUUGGAGUUGUUGGAUAAAUCCUUGAUUCCUUCAGCCUCCUCGAGUGAGUCGCAGGUUUUUUACCUCACAAAGAAGGGAGAUUACGAGAGGUACUCGGCUGAAAUUAAGGAUGGUGAUGAUUUUAACUUGGCUUCUGAAAAAGCCAUGGAAUCUUAUAAUGCUGCAGAGAGAACUGCGUUGGCUGGCAUUCGUCCAUCGCAUCCUGUAAGGUUGGGUCUGGCUAUCAACUUGUCGGUUUUCUACUAUGAUGUCCUGGAAUCAUCGCAAGCUGCUCUUAGCACGGCCAGUUUGGCCUUAAGGGAUGCUCUUGCAGACAUAAAUUCAUUGCCUGAAGAACUCUACCAGGAAAGCACACAUAUGAUGCAACAACUCCAAGAUAAUCUCGAUCUUUGGAAGGAGCCUUGA